GAACGCGAGUUAUACGGUUUUUCAGUGGUAAAACGCGCGCUUUGCCGACCGCAACCGACUACACCAUAACAAUAUUAUACGAGACAGCAGUGGGCUCUCGCCAACAAUAGCGCGUUAAUCGUCGUGGAUAUUUUCGACUCGAAAAUCGUUUUUGUUUUUUUUUUUUUUGGCCGAGGAAUUUUCAAAAAUCUCUUCCGUAUUUUCCUGUCACGUCACUUGCCCGAACGGAAUUCUUCGAUCGGAGUCCACGCGUACAGGACACCACUGUCCUGCAGCCGUAGCCGCUGCAGUGGUCCCGGUCCACGUCGGUGGACUACAGACAACUGAAAUCUUCACCGUUAUUUUAUAUUCUUUACCUUCGCCGCUGUUACAUACAUUCCAUCGACAUGCGUUUUGAGAAAUGAGUUAAAAACACCGCACAGGAUCGCGGCGUGGUUUCUCUGGUCGUCUAAUGUCAACCGCGGUUGAGGUUUACGAUUGGAGCACGUGGACAAAUUCUCGAGUGUCGUGCGUUGAACAGAAGAAAAUGUAAUGGGCAGCGGUCACGAUGACGGAGCUGGCAAGGUGUGGUUGGCGCAGGUCAUCUGCCGCCUGGUAUACUCCGUGUACCAGGACAACGGCCACUACUACCACAACGGAUCGGCGACGACCGCGGCCACCACCGCAGCCGCUGCGGCCGCGACCGCCGCCGCCACCACCUCGGCCACCGCCGCCGCCGUAGCGGUGGCCGGCACCGAGAUGGUGAUGACGGCGACGACGAACGGCAACAAGUUGCUGGUGACCGAGGCCCGGGUCGACAGGCUGGACUGCGGCGGCACCUGGACGCUGGACUGCCGGCGGGCGGCGGGCGCGCUGUCGUGCACCGACUCGUCGCUGUCCGGGGCCGCCGCCGACGCCGACGUCAGGCUGUACCUGCCCGCCAGGCUGUCGGCCCACUUUGACGGACAGCCGGCCGUGUCCGUCGGCCUGCCCGAGACGGCCCGCGGCAACGCCGUCACCGUCGUCCGUUGCGAUGGUGACGGUGGCGGCGGCGGCGGUGGCCACGACCGGGACGACGUGAACCAAGUGACGUGUUCGAUAAGCGGCCAACAGUGGCCGCCGGCCACUACCGCCGCCGCCGACGACGACGCGGACGACCGCCGACGUUGGUACAACUGGAAGUAUCUGUUCGUCGUCGUGUUCAUCGCUUCCGGCGGAGUGGGCAACAUACUCGUCUGUUUGGCCAUAUGUCUGGACAGGCAGCUACAGAACGUCACCAACUACUUUCUCCUGUCCCUGGCCAUCGCCGACCUACUGGUGUGCCUGUUCGUCAUGCCGCUCGGCGCCAUACCGGGUUUCUACGGUGAAUGGCCUUUAGGCGUAGCUUGGUGCAACGUUUAUGUCACGUGCGACGUGCUGGCGUGCAGUUCUAGCAUUAUGCACAUGUGUUGCAUAUCGCUGGGAAGAUAUUUGGGCAUAAGACAUCCGCUCAGGACCAGGCAUCAUUAUUCCACCAUGAAAUUGGUGUGUUUCAAAAUUGCGAUCGUCUGGUUUUUGUCUUUUUUGGUAUCGUUUUCGGUCACGCUUCUCGGUCUAUACAAUCCUAAGAACAUUAUGCCGGAUCCAGGGGUUUGUGUAAUCAACAACCGAGCUUUUUUCGUUUUUGGUUCGUUGGUCGCAUUUUACAUACCGAUGAUCAUUAUGGUGGUCACGUAUGCCCUUACUGUUCAGUUGUUGCGGAAAAAAGCCAGAUUUCUGUUGGACGACAGUUUCGUAGACGGCCGGAGGAAUGGAUCGUCAGCGGAACCGCAUCUGUUCAGACGUUUGGGCGGCCGGUUUUCAGCCAACAAAAACCAGAACCACUUGACUGGGCGGUUACAGGCGGGCAAAAACGACAACAGGCAGUGCGAUCAGCAGACGCAGUUGCCGGACGCGGGGUCCGCUGGCGCCAGCGACUCGAGGAAUUUCCGGUUGAAGACUCUCAGACUUCAGCUGAACAUGAACCCGUCGACAUUGAAUUUGAGAUUUCUCGCUAACAGACAGAAGCGCCAAAGUCUAGCUGCCGCCAACGCGGUUAGAACCGAACAAAAAGCCAGCAAAGUAUUGGGAGUUGUGUUUUUCACGUUUGUGUUAUGCUGGUCGCCAUUCUUCUUGUUGAACAUUGUGUUUGCCGUCUGCCCAAAGGAAGACUGCCCCGUGCCCGACCAUGUUACCGAGGUGUGCCUGUGGUUGGGAUACGUGUCUUCGACGAUAAACCCGAUCAUCUACACGAUAUUUAACAAGACGUUUAGAGCCGCAUUUAUCAGGUUGCUCAAGUGCCGAUGUCACAAGACCAGACCCCACCGGUACAGAUCGGUGACGGACAACCGACAUUCGGCUCUGAUCAGCACUCCGUCCGGCGCGGCCGCCGGAGCCGCCGCCGUGCCGUUGUCCCUGUCGCUGCAGACCACGCCGCUGACCACGUCGCCGCCCGUCAACGACGGCGCUACGACUACGUUCGCCUCUACGGCCGUCGCAGCCAUCGCCGCCGCCAAGAAAACGCCGGCCGGGCCCAAGUACCCAGACUCGUUUCGCGUCCAACAAUGUCCGGAAGACACGGCCAAAUACUGACCACCGGCGACAGUCGUUUCCGCUCAGACGAGAUGUCUCGUACCCAGAAUCCCGAAAACACACAUCACGAGUACCUAAAUAUUGUCAUUGUGUAGACUCGCGGUAUAACGAUAAUAAUAAUAUGAUAAUAUUAUUUGGAUCUCAUAAAAUCAUAUAAAUAUUAUACCUAUUAUUUGUGUCCGGUCAGACCGAGUUGUUCGCGUACGACACGUGUUGUACGCCUUCGUGUUAUUAUAAUAUUAUAAGUACCUAUAACGGGACGACGUGUAAUAGAAGGGAUUUACUAUCUGUGUAAUCGUGUAAUAAUAUUAUUGUUUUAGAAUUUUUCUUGUAAUCAAUAUUUCAGUUUUUUUUUUUUUUCAUUCAACUAUGUUUUACGAAAAAGAAAAAAAAUCGUUUUGUUGAUUAGAACAAAAGUCAUCGCACUAAAAUUAUCGCAGAUUUACAUUAUAUUUCUCAGUUUAAUUAUACUGCGCAGUUAUACCCUGCAGCUGUAAAUGAUUAUACGCAGAGUGUCACUUUUGGAUUCACUUCCACCAACGGUCCGUGUUGAAACCGCGGUAAUAAUAUGUAAAGCCGGAGUUAUUGUACAUUAUUAUCAUUAUUAAUCAUCAUCAUUUUAAUAGACAUAUCACAAUAUGCGUCCACUCUUCUUUCUUUCCUACUUUUCUUCUCACUAGCUCUUUGGCUGUGCUCUCACUCUCCCGGUACGCCUACACGUUCAUGUCCAUGUUUCUUCGUACGGUGUAGAUCGGGGGUUCAUUCGCGCUCGGAAAAUAUAAACGACCGCCGACGACGAUGGAGAAGGAGGUCAAUCAAUCUUUAUGAAUACUCCCUAUCCGCAAGAAAAAUCCACAUGCACCGAAGACCGAGAAGUAAUAUUAUAUGAAAUAUCGCACCUCUCGGGCGGACGAAAAAAAUAAAAUAAAAUAAUAAGAGCGCACUGCGGUUUUCGGUCGUAAAAUUGAUGAGCACCGGGCCUAAAAAUCCGAGUAGGUAUAGGAUAUCGGUUUAACGAGUUUCGUCGGAUAGGCGGGGAGAAACAAGAGAUCGACGAAUUCUUCGCAUUGAUAAUUAUUAUUGAACUAUUACUAUUAUUAAUGUUAAUAUUAUUAUUAUACGUGUAUGUGAAAAAUAUUAUAUCAGCGUGUUUUUCAUUUUUAUUUUCGUUAUUAUGUUAAAUCUAUAAUAUUUCGUAGGUAGAAAAUAAUAUAAUAUAUCUAUAAACAUAGUUAUUAGGUACGCGUUAAGAAUAGUUUAGCACGAUUUUGAGGUAUACCAAAACUUAAGAUGUUAAUUAUACCUAUUCUUGCUUUUGUAUAUUUUUAGCAAAGUAUAACGGCAGUAGUAAUUGUUAUUUAAACACCGAUGUUUGUCAAACUGAUUUACAGAUUUAUAAAAUGCAUAGUUUAUAAGAAGUUAACAGUAGUUACACAAUAGAAAAAUUAGGUUAUUAUUAUUAUAGAGCUUUAAGCUUUUAGAAAUAAUAAAAUUAUCGAUUAGUCAUUAUUGUUCUUUAUUGUUAUUAUUAUUGUUUUUGUUGUUUUUUUUUUUUUUAAUAUACCAGUGUGUUAAUGUCUUAAGUUACGUUCAAAUUAAUUUAAACUUAUUAUUCGAACAUUUGUAUUAUAUAAUACGUGCGUGGAAAAAUAGUUACUUAUUUAUUUUUAACGUAAAAUAAAUUGUAGUUGAUAGUAUUCAUAUAAGUAUUGUUAUCAAAACAAAAAAUAAUAUUAAUGGUAUUCUUGACGUUAAUGUAAUUUAAAAAUUAUGCUGUUUCAAUUUAAAAAAUAAUAAUUCAUAAAUUAUAUAAUUAUGACAGGUGUUGUAAAAGUGUUCAUUGGUAUUUCUUAUGAAAGUUGAAGAAUAAAUAAAAUCAUAAACAUGUAAUCGAUGUGGUAAUAGCCUAUUUUAUAUAAUAAAACCAUCAAACUAUCAAAUCCGUAAAAAAAUAUGUAUUAAGAAUAUUUGUUAAUUUAUAAUUUUUAAAUAAUUAUAGAAGAUAAAUCUAUAAUAAUAUAAUAUUAUGACACUCUUAAC